AUGGGAAACGUUUGCUGUAAAAAGGAAACCAUUAACCUAGACUGGUACAGCAAGCUUAGUAACAAUCUGGCAACUAGUUACAAAAUCGGAGCCAAAAAAAGUGGUAACCUGGAACAUUGUGGAGUGACAAAAGAGGCAACAGACAGAUCAACAAACGAAGUGUUUCACGCAGACACUUAUAUUAUGGAAAGUGAAGAAGUUUUAGAACAGUGUGAAAAUAUUGACAAGAUCUAUGGAGUUAUUGAUCAUCCAAACCUCCCAAAGCUUGAAGCAGUGUACAGGAACAUGAAGGGAAAAAAGCCAGACAACGUUACAUUUGUAAGAACACAUUGCGCUGGAGGAGAACUCUUUGACAGGAUUCUCAAGUUGAACGCAAUUGUUGAAAGCCACACUGCUAAGUAUGUCAAGCAAAUAAUCGAGGCAGUCAAUCAUCUUCACGAGCACGGAAUUGUGCACAGGAACCUAAAACCAGAACUUAUUUACUUUAAAGACAAAUCCUACACAAAACUAAUGGUUCAUAUAGGACUAUUCAACACAGCACCAGGGCAGUCAGAGAAUCUAACCCAGGCUUGUGGAACACCAGGGUAUGUAUCUCCUGAACUCCUCAACCAGAAGUACGGCAAAGAGACAGAUCUGUGGAGCCUUGGUGUGAUCACUUACACCAUGCUUUGUGGGUACCCUCCCUUUUACAGUGAGUCCAUUACCGGGUUGUUCAACGCCAUCAAACGGGGGAAAUACAAUUUUGAUACUUCUCAUUGGGAUAGUAUCUCGAGCUUGGCAAAGGAUUUUAUAAACAAGUUGCUGAGAAUCAAUCCAAAGAAACGGAUGUCAGGUGAACAAGCGUUAGAUCAUCCAUGGAUAAGAAAGUACACAGCUGAGGAUGAAUCAGAAGGAGAAACAACCAAAUCAUCCAGUUAA